GGGAAUGAAGGAAAUAAGUAGGCAGAGGCGGUUGUGGGAGUUAACUCAACCACUUUGGGGUGAAAAAGGGGCAGAUUAGAUGGUUCAGAUUCCCAGCGCCUGCUACUGUACUGUGUCCAUACUCCGGGCGGUGCUGAAGGACCGAGUCCAGGAACAGGGUAUGAGUGUGCAAGACGGAUAGAAGGGAAUACGGUUUUUCAUACAGUGAAAUAAUACAAAGAGGGGCAAAAGGAAUCGAUCCGUAUAGCUUCGCCCUCUAUGUAUUGAAUGAUGCGCUCAUCUCGCAGAGAAGAUUCCUGUGCUCUUUCUUUUUUCCCCUCUUCUUUCUCUCCUGAUAUUGUCCCUUUCCUUGCGCUCUAUGAGGGGAAUUAAUUUAUCCUUCCAUCCAAUCCCAUUCAAAAGGGGGACAGAAGAAAAAGCAGAGGGAGAUGAGAGCUGCAAAUCCCUUUUUUAUUCCUCUUGUUGCGCUCAAUAAGUGAAGAAUGUGUCGCCUAUCAGUCAUCGAGGGGAUCAAGUCUGCGGGACUGUCCCACGCGCUCAAUGGGCUCCGCAGAGCAUCACUUGUACAGACAGGAGUGAGGAGGACAGCAGUAGCAACUUCCCUGUGAGGACACCGCAGCAUCCGCACGAGACUCAAGAUUGCUUUAUCUUUCUUCAGCGGCUUUUAAAAAAACAUUUUUUAUAUGCAAUUCGAAAUUUUCGUCCGUGCUUUUGAUGAUUCGUUUCAUUCUGUUUUUAAUUGGGAAUUUGGCGUUGAGGCUGCGCGGGGGGCUACCUGUUCGAGAAUUAUGUGUUUAUAGGACGCGGAGGAAACUGUUUAUGGAUGUGUAUUUAUUAUUUCAUACAUUCUGCCAGACAAGAGAUGUUGGCACACUGAAGUGAGAGGGAAGUUAAAAAAAAAACGAAACAGGAGCUGGACGAAGCACUUGCUUGCUUGUUAGACCCGGACUGCUAUAGAAAAAAUGUGUCCGCAAAUAUAUUAAUACAAACAAGAAUAUAAAAAGAACCCGAAUCGAAGGGGAAACAUCACUUGAGAAGAAAACAAUAUAAAAUACAUUACAAACUUGCUCAUCUACGGGUAUUAAGCUACCGCAUGCAUCCGUUUUGUUAGUUUGUUUAUUUGUUUUUUUGUUUUUGUUUUGUGUAUUAGACCUCGAAAGAACAGUAAUUUAAUUCACAUUUUUGUUAUCCAAAAGAAUAUUUAAAAGGCGGAGCUCAAUUUUAUUUUUCUGAUUCAACCCCGGACACACAAUGCGGAUCCUUGUACUGCUUGUGUGGGUGAAAGCCGCGUGCGUCCUGCUGGUAUCCUCGCUCUCCGGCACUGGGGCAGUGAACAAUAGCGGCCGAUGGUGGGGGAUCGUGAAUGUAGCUUCCUCUGCCAACCUCCUCACCAACUCAAAGAGCGUGCAGUUGGUCCUGGAUCCAAGCCUGGCGUUACUGAGCCGCCGCCAGCGGCGCCUGAUCCGCCAGAACCCCGGGAUUCUGCACGCUAUCGCUGCCGGCUUGCACGCUGCCAUCAAGGAGUGCAAGUGGCAGUUCCGCAACCGGCGGUGGAACUGUCCAACCACGCACAGUCCGGCAGUCUUCGGCAAAAUCGUCAACCGCGGUUGCAGAGAAACCGCAUUUGUGUUCGCAAUCACAAGCGCGGGGGUCACCCACGCCGUGGCCCGGUCCUGUUCUGAAGGAGCGAUCGAGUCCUGCACCUGUGACUACCGGCGCAGGGGGCCUGGGGGUCCGGACUGGCACUGGGGAGGCUGCAGCGACAACGUGGACUUCGGCAGGGUGUUCGGCCGGGAGUUCGUGGACUCCAGUGAGAGGGGACGAGAUCUCCGCUACCUCACCAAUCUGCACAACAACGAGGCGGGGAGAAUGACGGUGUCGUCGGAGAUGCGCCAGGAGUGCAAGUGCCACGGCAUGUCGGGGUCCUGCACGGUCCGCACCUGCUGGAUGCGGCUGCCCAGCCUGCGGGCGGUGGGCGACUUCCUGAAGGACCGCUUCGACGGGGCCUCCAGGGUGGUGUACGCCAACAAGGGCAGCAACCGGGCCUCGCACCGCGCCGACCCGCGCCACCUGGAGCCCGAGAACCCGGCGCACAAGCCGCCCUCGCCGCGCGACCUGGUCUACUUCGAGAAGUCGCCCAACUUCUGCUCCUACAGCGGCAAGAUGGGCACGCAGGGCACGUCCGGGCGCAGCUGCAACAGCUCGUCGCCGGGGCUGGACGGGUGCGAGCUGCUCUGCUGCGGCCGCGGGCACCGCACCCGCACCGAGAGGGUGACCGAGCGCUGCCACUGCACCUUCCACUGGUGCUGCCACGUCAGCUGCCUCAACUGCACCAGCACCCAGAUACUGCACCAGUGCCUCUAAGCACCAGCACCCAGAUACUGCACCAGUGCCUCUGAGCACCAGUGUCUCUGAGCACCAGCACCCAGAUACUGCACCAGUGUCUCUGAGCACCAGCACCCAGAUACUGCACCAGUGCCUCUGAGCACCAGCACCCAGAUACUGCACCAGUGCCUCUGAGCACCAGUGCCUCUGAGCACCAGCACCCAGAUACUGCACUAGUGCCUCUGAGCACCAGCACCCAGAUACUGCACCAGUGCCCCUGAGCACCAGUACCCAGAUACUGCACCAGUGCCUCUGAGCACCAGCACCCAGAUACUGCACCAGUGCCUCUGAGCACCAGUGCCUCUGAGCACCAGCACCCAGAUACUGCACCAGUGCCUCUGAGCACCAGCACCCAGAUACUGCACCAGUGCCCCUGAGCACCAGCACCCAGAUACUGCACCAGUGCCCCUGAGCACCAGUACCCAGAUACUGCACCAGUGCCCCUGAGCACUGCGAUGUAGUCUCUGAGUAGAAGAGCUGGACGAUUCUGAGCGGAGUGAGGGAGAGAAACCACUACAGGGAAGCAGAAAAGAGAAGAUGAAUCUAUGAAGAGGGUAGAGAGGCUUUUUACUUUUUUAUUAUUCAGUCAGUUCAGAGCUGUGAUCAAUAAUUUCUCUAUAUCAUCUUGAAGCAGUCAUAUCUGGCUUACAGAGAGAGAACGAGAGAUGGGAGGCUGAGAGGAAUAGGGGGAAUGAGAGAGGGAAGUACUGCAGGAAUGAGAGAAGGGGAAAGAGGGCAUUGUGGGAAUGAGGGAGAGAGAAAGGGAGAGAGGAGAGUGUACGUGUGAAGAAAGGGUGACGGGUGGCUUUGGGCACUGGGACCAAGUGCUUGGCUUCACAUCACUGGUCAGAGGAGAGGGGGUGUAGGAAAGAGAGGGGGGGAGAGAGAGGGAGGGGGCGUUUACAGUUACACAGGCGAUUGUGGCGGGAAACAGGACGGAGGAAGAGGGAGAGAGCGGUUUAAAUAAAGGAGAACUAGGCCAAGGAAUGGUGUCUGGGCCACAGAGCAACAGUAAAGAGGUGGAAAAUGAGAGCGUGAGCGUGAGCGUGAGACGGAGAGAGAGAGAUGAGGACCAAGGUCUCCUUAUUCCAAGAACCUGUUCCCACUCAAUUAGAAAACAAUUAGAAGGCUACUACGUAUUAAUUACACAUGACUUCCACUUACCUGCAUAUCAUUUUGUAGGGAAGCUACAGCACUAAAUUUUAACUGCCAAUUUUAAGAUCCUGAAUUUAACUGCCAAUAACAAAUCUCAACACUCAAGAGGUUAAAAAAAAAAAAAAAAAAGGUAAAGAUAUUGUGGGACACACACCAAAGCUUUUACUUUCUUUCUUUCUCUCUGACUCUCAUUAUUUCUGUCUCUUUUUCUAUCCCUCACUUGUAGAUUACAUCCAUUCAUUUUUCUGUAUUUCCACCCUCUUCUCUCCAAAAGCCUGACAGUUUGGGAAGGAAAGAAACUGAGUACGUUGUCCUGACAGAUGGUUGCGUGGCCACGGAACCACAAGCAUGCUCUCUCAUAAAAAAAGGAAAAAAUAGAGGUCCAAAACCCCCUUACGACAGAGUGGUUAUUUCAAAUGUCUGUGUUUUGUUUCUGUCGCAGUUUUGUAUUUUUUCUCACACAAGACAUGCGAAAGUGGGGCAUCACCGGGGAUUUACGACACCCCACCCCCCCCCACCAACUGCCCCCUUAAACCUCUGGAUCUCACCCCAGCCUCUUCAGACUUCCUCUUAUAAUUCCCCACACUUCCUGCCCUGAUUUGAGUUUCGCUGUAAUCUCCUGCACCUCCACCAUGAUUUACCACCACACGCCUUACCGCAUUAUGGCAGCGCUAUAAAAUGACUGGUUUUGACUGCAAACCAUUCCGCUUCAAAAAAAGCACAUAAAGUUUUGGCAUGUACAAAAGUAGUACAAAAAAGUAGUGAGUAAACACUGAAGUUAAAAAAAAAAUUGGGUUUAUUUUUGCUCUCUUUACUUGUGUAGGGGCUGCAACGUGAUUGAAUAUGGAGGUAAUGUCUGCUGAAGAUGGGCACCCUCCAAAUCGAAAUGCGUACAUGCAUUUGGGACACCAUAACCACUAAAUGAGCCUGCUGCUCACUAAUGACUCUGGGGACCGAGCGAGCGGGCCUCCAUUUUGGCUCUACUUCCAGCAGUCGGUAGAAGCAGCACAUUUGUGUUGCAUUAGGACACAGACAGUAGCGCAUUCUGGCAAACCUCGGCUCCAGCACUCUGAGGGCAAACAUAAGCUAAUCCCAAGUUUUCUGCGGGUGAAAGGUUCUGAAAGGAGGACGUUCGCUCCCAAUACAGACAGACCGCUGCUCUUCCAUAGCAACAGGAAAGCUAAUUACACUGUAUUUCAGCAGGCAGAACCAAAAUGUUGUAAAUAUAUAAUUUAUGCUGACGUUGUAUACAGCUAAAAUGAGUAACACCCUUGCCCCUCCCCCCCUCCCAAAAGAAGAGCGUCCAAUGGCAGGCUGAGGGCAUGGCAAACCCUGAGGAGCUUGUCAAUCACUGGACCGGGUUUGGGGGAUGUUAUCUCUCAGCUGAGCUUUUAUGCAUUGGGUUGGGUGGGUCAUGGGGAGAGGAACUGGUGAUGUAAUGUGUUUUGUGCGGGACUUUCGGGAAAAGGAACCGGAAUGGCGUCACCGUGGGCCUGGUCAGGGCCCCUCUGUCCUGCCAGCGUCUCACCAGCACUGAAAAUGACUGCCCCAUUUUCUGUAAAUACAUAAAAAAUAUUUAUUAAGAAGGUUUAUACUGUACUAGAGAAGAGCAGUGAAACUAAAGUAUUUUAGGAGAUGUUUAUUCUUUUCCUGUUUAAAGU